GCGAAGUAGAGAUCGGCAUCGAACAAAAACAUCGACGACGGAUAAGAAUAUCGCUAAAGGACGAACAUGUCAAGUUGAAAAAUGUCAACGAUACUCGAUUUUGUUACUACUCCAAAAAAACUUUGUCUCCGCAAAACUUGACGAGAAGUUUACAAAACAAGUUUCUCACACAUAAUUUUACCAAGCAACCAUGAUUCGUUCCGUCGUCAAGACAUCUGACUGGAUUUCCUAAACCUAAACGGCGUGAUGUCUCACGUUGCACGUGUGCAAGACCGAUUAAUUCCUCUGCUCUUCAUCGGCUGCGCGAGGCGCUCGCGUGUGUUUGAGAAGUUCGAGUUGCAUUUAAAAAGCCAAGGACACCGAACCGAAGAAACUAUUUAAAUAAUGGUUUUGAGUUUAACGCGCGCAACAGCGAUCCUCAUCGCCCAAUUUGGAAAAUGAGAUCGAGAAUUGUAUAACAAAUCAGUCGGGAAUUACACGAUCGCUAAGAAGAAAACCACAAAGAAUUAUUUCGCGGAAACGGAAGUUGAAAUAUUAAAAAAGUUGGAAUCGCCCCUCGUAAUCAUUACCCUCGACAUUAAUUUCAUGUCAUCAUGAAGCAAAUCGUUUUUCCCUUCCUUCUGUCGACGUGGUCGUGCGGAGUCGAUCGCACGCCGCAAAAUAGAAGCGACUCUUAUUUAACAUGGUCGACCGAGCCGGCAGCAUUCAGUCUACCACCGGCCGCAAGAGAGCAUCGGUAUUUCUUGGUUGAUUCCUCGACGAGAGUCAGGAUUCAGUGAGUUGCCACUAGUGCCUUGGAAUUUCAUGGUGUAAGCCUGACGGGGUGAACGAUCAUGGUGUUGCUGUUCUUGCUUAUUUCGCUUGGCCUCUUUCUCCUUCCAAGAUUCUGCCUCGGUCAUGACUUUAGCUACGACGGGAGUCACGGUCCGUCGCACUGGGGCGAGGACUAUCACGCGUGCAUUGGAAAACACCAAUCGCCCAUUAACAUAGAGGAGCACAAUGUCAAGAACGUCAGUCUGCCGCCAUUGAAAUUGAUCGGCAUUGACAGUCCGUGCUUGUCGUUUCUGACGAACAAUGGUCACACAGUUAUGCUGAAGAGCAACGAAUCCGUACGGCCGAUGUUAGCGGGAGGACCUUUGGGGAACGGCGUUUAUGUGUUCGAGCAAUUACACUUCCAUUGGGGCGAGAACGAUCGCGAGGGAUCGGAGGACUUAAUUAACAAUCGCUCGUUCCCGAUGGAAAUGCACGCAGUGUUUUACAAGGAGGAUUACAAAUCGAUGAACGAGGCUCUUAAACAUUCCGAUGGUUUGACCGUUUUAGCGUAUUUGUACGAGGUAGGUCCUUUAUCACAUCCGACUUACGAACCCAUCGUAGAAAUGCUUCCCGACAUAGAAACGAUGGGUAAAGAAAAAAUGUUGGAAGAGCCAUUGUUGCUAGGCAGAUUACUUGUGCCCGAUGUCGCGAGCAUGCAGGACUACUUCACAUACAACGGUUCGUUGACCACUCCACCUUGUCUCGAAAUCGUUACGUGGAUUGACUUCAAGGAUCGUCAGCAGUUGUCGCAUCAACAGUUGGCUGCUUUUCGCGACUUGCGCACAUCCGACGGUAACAAACUGACCCACAACUUUCGGCCGGUACAGCCUUUGGAAGAUCGAAUAGUUCUACAGAACAUCGAUACGAACGCAGUACAUCAGAAUGACGACGCGUCAAAGAACGUUAUUUUCCACAACCAUCAUUUCGGUGACCAUUCUGGACAGCACAAUCUUAGAGUGCCAUUCUCGAUUAUCGCAUUAGGAGCUUUCUUGGCGAUUCUUUUGAUCGCUAUAUGAAGACCUUGAUACGACAUGUUCUAGUCAGACGUUUUCUUUUUCACAAUUGCUGUAUCUAUUUCUAAUCCAAACACACGAAACAAGGAAAAUCAAGAAGCUUUACUAAAUGGAUGUAGUUUUAUGAAUGUAUGUGUUGUGUGUGUGUGUGUUUGAAGAUUAAAAGGUAAUAAUUAACUGCUUGUAUGUGACUUUAUGAGAAGAGUCAACUAUUCGAUGCCUGUAUUUGAGAUAUACUGUAUGUGAUAAAGUAUAUUUUCAGCAAUUAUUUAUUCUGGAAUGUCAAUACUGAUAAUAACACAUAUAGUAGCUACCAUAGCGCACAUGUAUAUACAUACUUACUGUGAUUGAUAGCGAUAUAAUUAGCAACUGAAAUGGUUGCCUUGAAAUUGAUAAAGUUGGAUUGCCAUCGUUCUUAUUCGAGCUCGAAUAGACAAAUAUAUCUACUCAAAAGAGCUAUAUCUCUAAUUUGCUUAUGUGUCUACUAAUGCGUAUACAUAAAAGAAAGAAAAAAUAGAACACGAUGUUGUACAAGGAAUAACUGAUUUUUGAAAAUAUAUAUUUUAAGAAAAGUACA